AUGAACAGCAGUUUCCUGCAAAAUGAGGGAACAGAAGGUGAUCGAUCUUCCGUUCGAUCAUCGGAAGCUUCGGGUGGACGGGUGAGCCCCGGAGAAGAAUGGAAAGAAAAAGCGAGAUUAGAGGAGAAAAUCGAGGCGAUCAAGCUAAAGAUUAGCAAACUGAAUCUGAAUUGUGAAGCUGAUGUGGAGAACUUCUUGGAGAUGUCAAGAGCGGCGGAGAUGUCGCGCGGGAUCGCCAAUCCACAAAUGGCCCGAAUUAAGCAACAUUUCGAGAAAAAUAACAAAAGGAACACACAAGAUUUGGAGUCAUUGCAGAAAAAGCUGGCCAUUUAUGAGCAACGAUUGAGAGAGUUGGAUUCGGGAAAUGUUUUGGAAACGAGCUCAAGAUCGGGAAAUAUUGUAUCGAGUGUCGAAAGGGGAAUCAAAAAAACCGGUGCUACGAUGAAGGGCUUAACUGGACAAGUGAUCUCGGCUCCUCUUGAUUUAGCUCAUAUUAUUCGCUCAAGUUUUGGAUCAGCUGAUAAUAUUAAUGAUGAAACUGGAGGAGAAACAUCAACGAAUGUCGGUCAAUCGGUGUUCUAUGCGAGAUCGGAGAACGCUGCCGCCUCAACCUCAUCAGCUCAGCCAGCCUCAACAGCCGCUGCAUCAAAUAAGAGUUCAACUCUUCCACCUGGUCUCCGAAUGCCCACCUCGCCCACUCACUCAAAUAAACCGAUGUCCAACUAUCAGACACCGGAGACACAUUUAUACAGCGCAAAGAGUGCCCGAGACUUCGACGCGUUGUCGAAUGGAAGUAGAGAAGAACACCUUGAUUCCCUUUUGAAAGAAACGAUCGCCGAGUUGCGGUUGACGAAAGAAGCGAACUCGCACCUCACGAAACAAUUUCAGGAAUUGGCGGAAUUUGUCCAAAAGGAGCUGAAAUUCUUCGAGAAAUCCCAGCAAGAAGAUAGGUUCCGUUUUCAAAAAUUGGAGGAUCAACUGAACGAGACAAUUGAUUUGCAUCAAGCAGAGGUAAACGUGGUUCGACAAGAGCUCUCGAAUAUCGCGAAUCGUUUGGAUUAUCAAUAUAAUGAUCGCUUCAAGAAAGUCGAGGAAACGAUGGAAACGACACAGAAUCACAUGCAAAGAAUGGAGCACACUUUCAAGGAAUCGCUGGAUUUAAGAUUACAGGGUACCGCUUGGUGGAAUGCGAUGUUGUUGGGUGGAGCGAACGUGCUUGUCGAGAUCCUCAAGCUGCUCCUUUUCCUCAUCGCGAUCGUUUUGGAUUUCUUCAAACCGUUCACAGGGACAAGAACCCGUACCGGUCUUCUCAUCACAAUCAUCAUCGCCUCAAUCAUUCUCAUUCAAAACGUCGAUUUCCUCGGUUUCUUCAUUCCGUCUCGAAGAAAAUCCCAUCAAUUAGCUGCCACUAAACCAAAUUCAGAGUUA